GCCCCCUCUCCCGCCGGCCGGGCCCCGGAGCGCCACCGUCGCCGGGGUGUGAGCGGGGCCCGGCGCCGUGCCGGGCCGUCCCUCGCCGGCGGGGCCAUGGCCGCGAGCGCCAAGCGGAAGCAGGAGGAGAAGCACCUGAAGCUGCUGCGGGAGAUGAGCAGCCUCCCGCCCAACCGCAAGUGCUUCGACUGUGACCAGCGGGGCCCCACCUACACCGACAUGACCGUGGGCAGCUUCGUGUGCACCUCCUGCUCCGGCAUCCUGCGGGGCUUGAAUCCACCCCACAGAGUGAAGUCGAUUUCAAUGACUACAUUCACACAACAGGAAAUAGAAUUUCUGCAGAAACAUGGAAAUGAAGUGUGCAAACAGAUUUGGCUAGGCCUAUUUGAUGAUAGAUCAUCAGCAAUUCCAGACUUCAGGGAUCCACAGAAAGUAAAGGAAUUUCUACAGGAAAAAUAUGAAAAGAAAAGAUGGUAUGUUCCUCCAGAGCAAGCAAAGGUGGUGGCAUCAGUCCAUGCAUCCAUAUCGGGGUCUUCUGCCAGUAGUACAAGCAGCACACCUGAGGUGAAGCCACUCAAAUCUCUCUUGGGAGAAGCUACACCCGCACUGCACUUAAACAAGGGGACACCUAGCCAAUCUCCUGUUGUAGUUCGAUCUCAAGGACAGCAGCAACAAGAAAAGAAACAAUUUGACCUCCUCAGUGACCUUGGCUCAGAUAUCUUUGCUGCUGCUCCUCCUCAGUCAACUGCUACAGCGAAUUUUGCUAAUUUUGCACACUUCAACAGUCAUACAGCGCAGAACUCUGCCAAUGCAGGUUUUGCAAACUUUGAUGCAUUUGGACAGUCUAGUGGCUCGAGUAAUUUUGGAGGUUUCCCCACAGCAAGUCAGUCUCCUUUUCAGCCCCAAAAUACAGUGUUCAGAACGCUUUCAUCUAGCUGCAGUUUUGGUGAAUUUACUUCAGCUUUUCCUCUCCAGGCUGUACACAGUGGAAGUGCUGGAUCAGUGAAUGCUAAUUUUGCCCACUUUGAUAACUUCCCCAAAUCCUCCAGUGCUGAUUUUGGAGCCUUCAAUGCUUCUCAGAGCAACGCCACAGCAACUGCAGCCAGUAAAGCUGCAGUGAAUAAACUGAAUCUUCAGUCAGCUGACAAAUAUGCUGCUCUUGCUAAUUUAGAUAAUAUCUUCAGUGCAGGGCAAGGUGGGAGUGAGCAGGGAAGUGGCUUCAGCACAGCAGUGUCAUCAGCAGGCCCUGUGUUGUCAGCCCCCAAUCAGUCAAGUGCAUCUUCAGACAAGUAUGCGGCUCUGGCAGAGCUGGACAGCGUGUUCAGCUCCACGGCCACCUCCAGUAACGCGUACACUGCCACCAGUAACGUCAGCAGCAAUGCUUUUGGAACAGUACCUGUAGCUGCUACUGCACAGACACAGCCUGCAUCUUCAAGCGUGCCUGCUCCAUUUGGAGCAACACCUUCCACAAAUCCAUUUGUAGCUGCCCCUGUUGCCCCAGUGGCACCUUCAACAAAUCCAUUCCAGACCAAUAGCCGAGGAGCAACAGGCCUCUCGGGAGCAAUGCACUCUCACAUAUUUCCUCAGGCUCAUUUUGCAGCAACAUUUGGUACUGCAUCCAUGAGCAUGCCGGCAGGAUUUGGAACUCCUGCCUCCUACAGUCUUCCUACUAGUUAUAGUGGCAACUUCCAGCAGCCCACGUUCCCAGCCCAGGCAGCUUUCCCUCAACAGACUGCUUUUGCUCAGCAGCCAAAUGGAGCAGGUUUUGCUGCAUUUGGGCAAGCAAAGCCUGUAGUAACUCCUUUUGGACAAGUUGCAGCUGUUGGAGUAUCUAGUAACCCUUUUAUGGCUGGUGCACCAACAGGACAAUUUCCAACAGGAAGCUCAUCAACCAAUCCUUUCUUAUAGCCUUAUAGACACUUUGCCCAAAAGAACUCUUAUGUGGUCACAUAACAUCUCUGCGCCUCUUGCACUGUUGUCUUGUUUCACUGAUAUUAGCUUUAAACACAAAAGAAAUCUUUAAGAAGUAAAAAUAAAAGCCUGCAUUGUGUACCUUUAAAAAGUUUUAAAAAGAAAAAAAAAACACCCAACACAAAAAACAAGAAAACCAACCCCCCACCAGGUAAUAAUGUGCAAAACAGAGGGCUGUGGUAACAUCCUUGAACCUGUGAAGUGGCAGGUAAAAAGUAGCGGUAUCAUGUAUAUUAAAAUUGGCUAAUAAGUUAUUGCAGAUACCACACUCAUUAUGCUGCAGUACUGUACAUAUUUUUCUUAGAAAAUAGCUAUUUGUGCAUAUCAGUAUUUGUAACUUUAACACAUUGUUAUGUGAAAAAUGUUACUGGGGAAUAGAUCAGCCACUUUAAGGUGCUGUUGUAUCUCUUGGAAUGAAUGAGCUGCAUCAUUUUAACCAUUGGUAUUGGAAGUCACGAAGUUAAAUUGAAGGUUUGUUCAUUUCUCAAAAUGUUUUCCUUUCCUAAGAGCUCUUCUAUUUAUACAUGCCUAAAUCUCUAAUGUUAGAGGGAUACCUGUCUGCAUAAUAAAGCUGAUCAUGUUUUGCUACA